GAGGAGUCCACAGGCACACGCAUCCAUCGCAGGUCAAGGCUGCGACGACGCAAGCCGCGGGGGAUUUCGGUUGCAGAGCCAGCCGCCAUGGCUUUCUGCUCGUCUCAGGCGCCGUGCCUGCGUGGGAACCAUGCCACCACAACCAAGCGCAGACCUGUUGCGGCUCUCUGGCCCCCAUCCUUCCAUUCUCGGCCAGAUGAGACGCCGUCCUGGUUUCGUGCGGCCCAAGCAAGCAGCCCGCCCAAACUCGAUCUCUCUGUCCUGCCGCAAUGAAGAUCGAGGACACAAGCGCCCCGAUGAACCCGUUUGGGAUCAUCAGCUCCUUUGACCAUGGCGUGAGCGAUCUGAACAGCAAGGAUGGUCUGAUAGAAGCAGUUGCUCAGGUCUUCAAACACUGCCUCCUCGCAUCGCAAGCGCAGGAUCGGCUCUCGAUCGAGCAGCUCAUAUCGAUCUAUCCCGGGCCAGUCCUUAACCGGCCUCUCGGAGACAUCCUCAAGGACGCCCGUGUCGAUUCCGGAAAGCUCUGGAUUCGUUACGAUGACGAUAGUGCCCAUGUUCCUUCCGAAGCCGCCACACGCUCGACCCCAAAAUCCGCUCGCAGUCAAGAUCUCCGCAAAUCCGGUCCAAAGCCUGGCGCUCCACUUUCUCGAUCCAAAAACAGCCAGCCAGCGACAGGCUCAUCUGCGACAGCAGAAGAAAGCAGCGCCUCCCGGAAGCGAAAAUCCGAAAUGCCCGAUGCUCCGGCCGGUCCGGGGAUUGUGGCAAAGAAGAGAGCCAUGGAGAGUCAUGACCAAUUCACAGCAGAAACGGUCUCGCGGAUGAAGCCUACCGCUUUGCCAGUACCGACAAGCCCCGUGCAGCAGCAGCAGCAGCAGCGCAAGCAGCCUGUCGUUCCAGAGACUCCCAAAAUCAACUACGAACGCCUGAUGUUGCCGCAGACUCCUCUGGCACGAGCUCCAGCCGAUGCCGGCGGGCGGCGGUUCACCAUGCGCGACGACGAAACCGGCGAGGAUGUGAUGCUGGAGAUCCCCGAGGCAAAGAGGAAGCUGGUCGAAGACAAACUGGCCGAGCUGCAGGCACUUCUGAAUCAAUUCCGAGUCUAGUUGGUCGCAGCGGACUUGGUUUGUCCUUGAUUUGUCCUUGUCCGUACGUACCCUCAUGACUCUUGAGAAUGGCAAUAAAGCUACAACACCCUUGCGACUCUGGCUCGGCUGAUCGCCGACUGGAUCUGGUCAGCUCGGGCGGCGGAUUGCCAGAUUGAA